GCCGCCCUCAGAAGGCGUGUCCACCCGCCACGCCUCGGGUCGCUCCGCGUGGCCUUCCGCUUUCCCACUGCUCUCCCUCACAACAACCCCCCCACGCACCCCCCACCCCCCUUGCUCGUCUCCCGAUUUGACAUUUUGUAAACAAACGCCUCGAGCCCGAGCAAAAACCGCCCGUCAUGGGCGACGCUUGCUCGCCCGGCCGAGCGGCUCCGUGGCGAGAGGAUGCGCAUCAGUUCCAUUGCCCCAGCGGCAAAGCGCCCUCGGGGCACCGGGCCAUGGCAGCGGCGGUCGGCGCAACCGUAACGGCAACGGUAACAGCGGUCGCAGCAGCAGCGGCGGCGGCGGCGGCGGCGGCAGGGGGCGAGUCUGGGCUGCAAGCCAUGCAGGCGAUCGUUGUUGACGGACGGCACGUGGACGCUAAGAAUUUAAAGAACAGGUCCCAGCAACGGCAGCAUCCGUUGGAAGAUGGUCAGCAGAACAAACGACGUGCACUUCAACAUCCUCAGCAGCAGCAGCAGCUUGAGCACCAGCAUCGUCACAAGCAAAGCGAAACGCAGGAGCAGCAGGAAUUUGAACAGCAGCAGCAGCCACAAGCUCAUCAACAUCAGCAGCAUCCCCACACCGUGGACUCCGAUCCGCUGAAAAUCCAAGGUCAAGACUUUGGACGAGAUUCCGGACCAAAGCGACAGCAGCAUCAGCAGCAGCAGCAUCAUCAGGGCCGAGGCGGUGGUGGCAAGCGGCACCGUAGGAGGCCGUCGAGGCAGAAGCGCGCACGCCGCUGGAAGCCCUACACGAAGCUGUCGUGGGACGAGAAGCGACAGCUCGAGGAGAGAGACGCGCGUCGCGCCGCACGAAUCCGCGCCGAGAUGGAGGCGAAGGGGUUCCCCGUGGCUCCCUACAACACCACGCAGUUCCUCAUGGAGGAGCACGACCUCGGCGAGCCCGACCUGAAGCCGCCGCCCAGCUGCCCCGGACACCACCACCACCACCACGGCGGCUAUCACCGCCGUCGCCGCCGCCGCCGCUCAUCGUCUUGCAAGACGGAAGACGAAAGCUCGGGAGACGCCCCCGCUACCCUCAGCAGCAGCAGCAGUGACAGCGGCGGCGGCGGCUGCUCCGGGGACGAGGGCGGGGGCGCCUGGGCAGGUGGGGACGACGCGCCCCACAGCGGAGCCUCGGACGGGGGAGGAGGAGGAGGUGGUGGUGGUGGUGGUGGGGACUUCUUGCUGAGGGACUUCUUCGAGACGUACGAGCGAUAUCACACCGAGAGCCUGAACGCAAUGAGCAAGCGCGAGCUGCUGCAGGAGUACCUGGAGCUGGAGAAGUGCCUAUCGCGUCUGCAGGAGGAGAACGCGCUGCUGAGGCUGCGCAUGGAGGGCGUGCAGGAUGGAGGAGGAGGAGGAGGAGGUGGUGGUGGAGAGGGGGGAGGAGGAGAAGAAGGGGAGGGUGGUAUUGAAGGAGGUCACGGCAGUGGUGGCGAUCCCGAUGGCAGAGGAGCUGGGAAUGGAGAGGAGGCCCCAGGUGGUGGUGAUGGAGGCGAUGGUGGUGGCGGUAUUCAUGGAGGUGGUGAUGGAGGCGAUGGUGGUGAUGGAGGCGAUGGUGGUGAUGGGGGCGAUGGUGGUGAUGGAGGCGAUGGUGGUGAUGGAGGCGAUGGUGGUGGUGGUAGCGGUGGUGGUGUUCGGCGAGAUGUCGCCAGUGGAGCAGAAGGAAGCGGUGGCCGUAGAGGUGACGGCCACGCAGAGCAUCUUGGAGGCGGUGCAGACCUCGCCGCUGGACGAGACGAUUGCGGUGGACACGGGGGUCCCAGCACCAGCACGACCUUGCCCCACCCGCAGGUCACCUGCUGGACCCAGGGAUCGUCGGAAGUCCAUCGCAUCGUGCAGCUGGAGAACGAACUACAGAGGCUGCGAGCCGACAACGCGAAACUCAACCGGCAACACGAGUUGCUCGUGCAACUCACGGGCACGGGACUCGGCACAGAGGCCCAGAUGGCGUAGUUCCCGGGGGGUAGGGGGGGUCAAUCGGUCAAGAUCGAGAUGUCACCGUGGCCAAAACCGCUGAUGCCACCACCACCACCACCACGGCAGCGGCGCAAUCAUUUCCACACCUCCGGAUCCCGCAGCUGCUGAGCAGACGAGACGCGAGACGACGGACCGACGGACCGACCGACCCCUCUCUGUCUCUCGCGCCCAAGUUUCUGCCAGAAAACAAAAAGUCGCCGGACUCGUGGAGUCGGUGGGUCAAGAGGGCAUUGGGUCAUUGUGUGACCGCCCCUUGUGGUAAGGGUGACCUGUGGGUUCGGUGGGGUGGGGGGGAGAUCAGAAGCCGCGGGAUGGAUGAACGUUUGGGGGCGGAGUGUCGCAAUCCCCAAAAACGAAAGCGCGUCUUGUUUUUGUCGUAAUGUUUCGUCUAAUAACGUUUUCUAUUUUCGUUACGCACCCGUGCGGUUUACGUACCACGGCGACUUGGCAACGAUGGGGGGGGGGAUGGUCAAAAAGUCGUGAGAAUAACCAUUUAUACAUUUGCUCGUUUUGAAUACAACAAUUGUAGGUCGCGCUGAGGGGCGUUUUAAAAUAUCUUAAAACAUGUGCCAAUUGAGCAGGAGACUUGGAUGGGUUCUGCCCUAUUCUCUAGAUUAUAGGACGCACUUGCCACUCAUCCACCACCAACACCCCCUUUGUAUUUUAAAGAUAAGCGUUGGCGGUACGUCUUGUAAAUCCGGUACUUGUGUUGAAUUCGAUUUGUAAUUUCACUCGUGACAACGGGGACACAACGUUUGGGAUCCAUCUUUUCAUUUGUAUUCCUAGAGAUGUUCUAUAAUCCGGAGAAUACGGUAACUUGUUUACGUAGCGUUGAGCGAGAAUUAAAAGUUGGGUGUUUGCGACGCCUGAUGUCGAUUACAAUGUUUGAUUACCCCGUCAAGUUUGUAUAGUACACGUGUUGUAUAUCCACAGCCCCUUGUUCCAUCCACUGCUGGAUGAGUUAAAUGUUUACGCCGUGUCGAUCGUGGGGAUUGACUUAAUACUUCACCGGGCUGGUCAGUAAAGGGCUGAUUGGUUUAAAGGGCCGAGGUGGUGUUACGGCUUUGAAUCCAGUUCAACUUCGCUACUGAUGGUUCGGGACUCGAACCUAUGUUGCGGAGUACAUAGGGGAGCGACGCAAAUCACUGCGCCACCGCUCUGCACCCAAUGCAUCUCUUAUUGGUCUUAAAUGUAUGGAAAUUCCACAUUCCAAUGGCGGGAAUCGGCCGCAUUUGGACAACCACUACGAUUAAAAAAAUGGUGUUUAUUUUAUCGACCCCCUCCAGUGUCGAAUGAUUGGUUUCAGUCGCCCACCCAUAUAUCCGCGUGUACUAUACACAUUCGUGUACUGUAUUUACUAUACAGUACUGUAUACUAUUGUGUGUGCAGUAUGUUGCGUUUCUUAUUCUCUACGAGCUGUAGCGCAGUACGUGUUACCGUACAGCCCUUUAAAAAAAAAUCAAUCCACUGCUGGAUGAAGGCGUCCCCACGCAGGGAUGGGUCGUGUGGGAGGGGAGGUGGGUGCUUAUUUGGUCAAACUUAAUGCUUGCUGGUCAUUGGAAGGUCGUUUGAAGGCGUGUGGGGAGAGCAUAGUCCAUGGAAGCAGAGUAGAAUCCAACAGUGGAGUUCGAUGCACUGCCCUCUGCUGCCCACAGCGUAGCAGCCUAUAACAAAAAAUAAAUUCCAGCCAUUUUCAAUUCACUGCUGGAUGAGUACUACGCCGCAUGCAGGGCAUGUGGUUUUUUUUACCAUACUUCACGCUUGUCAGAGUAGGUUUGUGAAAGUGUGGGAAGGGGGGGGGAGCGUUUUGUGUAUAUACAAGGGCGUACGUUGCAUUUUGGGGAGUCUUAAAGCUACACGUGUACAAACGUGACUCGUUGAAAUGUGUCCGGGGGGGGGGGGGUCCUGCGUGUUUGUGUCAAGGUGGAGAUGAUGGGGAGAGGAGUGUGUGUGUGUGAGUGUUUUCACAGUCCCGUGAUCUGUGCCAGCCCAUUUAGAGCCCAAUACCCCUCCCCCAUCCCAAAUUAUCUCGGUUCUUUUUUUUUCCAAAAUAAAAAUUUCGUGUGAAAUUAUGAAA